AGACGUUGGCAAGCUAUUCAGAUCGACAGUUGAGUGUUUUAUAAGCCUCUCGUAUCCAACUGUUAGGCUGCACCUACAAGUUCCCUUGCCAUCCACCUAAAAAUCCGAAAUGAAUUCUCUGAUCUUGUGCUCGAUUGUCCUGUCCACCUUCUUCAUUUCCACUGGCGAUGCCAUUAAAUGCUACGUAUGCAACUCUGCAACAAACAAGACGGGAUGUUCCGACACUCACACGUUAAAUCCCAAUUUCUUGAGGGACUGCAACGAACUGUCCGGAGGAGCUAAGCAGCACACUGUUUGCAGGAAAAUUGACCAAGACGCACCAGAUAUCGCUGGAAUCGAGUCCAACGUCAGGGUGAUUCGCGAGUGUGGUCAAGAUGAUGUGGCUACCAAUGCUUGCACCCAAAAAACAGGAAUGGGUGGUCGCCAAUUUAUUUGCACUUGCGAUCACGACGGCUGCAACGCUGGCGCUAACGUCAAGAUGGUUUUGUCCACUUUGUUUUCGUUCGCCGUUGUGGCUCUACUAGGUCCAAAAUUCCUGUUGUAAAUUAUUAGAUUAUUUUAAAGAAAUAUCGAGCAUGAUGCAAAACAAACAAAAAAUUAGAGCUAAAUUAAUCAGACACCGCACUGUUAUAACAUUUCAAACAAUUUUGGUUUAAGGACGCAAUGGAUUUCUGACUAUCUUGCUAAAAGAAUAAAACGAUACAUGAGAAAACA